AUGAUUUCAAAAUCAGAAUGGUAUGGAAAAGUUUUUACCUUGGAGAAUAAAUCAUUAACGGAAAACAGAUAUGCAGUAGUCAGGGUUGCUCCGAACAUACUCAGCAAGACGGUCGAUAUAGGCAUAAUUCUGAGAGCCCGUGGAUACCCUGCGCACCAGAACAUCCAUGUCCCCCCAAUGGCAAUGGGUGUACACCUCGCAAGGGUGAAAAUCUCGCCAACUGUUCUUGAUAAGGAUAUCGCGAGACUGGGCACGGGGCACGUGUGGAUGGUUGUGCAUCAAUUGAUCGAUAUGAGCCUCGCUUCACGUAUUGCCAACUUGCCUGGGCGCCUUGCUCAUCAGAGUGAACCCAAUGUAGCUGGUAAUAGCCCUCUUACUCCUGCUGCUGUUGUAAAGCCAUUCGCUAAUUCAACCCAAUUUGCCCUUGGUUAUGAUGCGACUGUUGCAAACCGUCGUGCAAAGAUGCUGUCUGAUGCCAGAUCGAUGAAGACUGGACCCGUACCGGACUAA